UGUUCUUGGUCUUGUAUGAUCUUUCUUGUGGCUCUCAACUAUUGUGAGUAAACACUUUUCUCUGAAUAGAUCAUUGGAUGCGAUCCAUCUGUUACAUCGCAAUCCGUCCCAAACACUCCCGCUGCAGGAGAUAACAUGUUCUUUUGUAACUGUCUAUAACAUUGAAAUUCUUUUGCUUUGAGACCAAUAAAGCAAUAUCUUUGAUUCGUUUUGUUGCAGAAAUAUCUUCAGACUUCUUGUUCCUAGUCUUUCCCCUCCAUUCCUCUGUAUUUUAUUCUCAGAUAAAGAAAUUGUUUCCAUCAAUUCCUCAGAGAAAAGUAAGACCCUUGUAUCCGAUAGUGAACUCAUUGCUUGACAACAAACUUUGACCUUUUUCACCGUAACAAUCAACACCACAGAAUCUUGAAAGAAUGUGAUUGGCAUAAACAAUAUGAAUGGCACUUGUCGUCUUACAAGUCCAAACAUGAAACCCCAAAAGUAUAAGUCACCGUGUACAUACCAUAUCUUCAAUUCUGAGUGUAUAACACGCAUCCAUCUCUUGAAAUCCCCUGGCCAUGGCGGUUUUUUAUGUCGAUUCCUUGUGUACACAAGUCGAGAUCCUUGAAGGAUUAUACCAUCUUGCAACAUGUACAAGGGAAGGCCAUCGAUAUUGUCACUCCAUAAAAAUAGGAAUUCCAACACCGGAGAAUAACACUCCCAUUGGGAGAAGAGAGACACGCCAAACACUCGACCAAAGCCCUUUAAUCUUCUCAGCCAAAUCUUGAGGAUUGUUUGCCGGUGAAGAGAUCCGGAUGAUCGCAAGCGGUGAGACGCCAACAAAACGCAAUUUGGUUUUUUCCAAAUCGAAAUACUUGAUGUCCAAAUCAACAUGAUUUGGUUUGAUUUCUAGACUAGCCCUAACUGUAAAGAAAAAACAGGAAACUCCGACGGCCGAAGCCGCCGGUCACGGAUAUUCCCGGUGAAAACUAGAGUGGCGGAAGUUUUCUUUAGAAUCGCCUUUGGCGUCGCUUCUUUUAAAGAAUAAAUAAAAAUCCUUUAUUUCGUAGUUUUUGAGACUGAAUUUUAACUUUUUUGCGAGAUCCACACCUAAAAAUCUCUCAAGGGACUCCGCCUUAAUUAUGCUCUAAUGAGACAUGGUUAUCAUUUCUUUGGUCUAAAAAAAAUAAUUUUCCCGAAAAUCUUUUAUACCUGGUGAAUAAUGAUCCGGUCUAGGAAUUUUGAUACUUGAGUUACUAAACGACGUCGUUGUGAAGUUUGAACGUUCUCUAUCGUAUAAACUAUAAAGAGGUUUUUUAUCGUCGUCAAAAGUCGUUAUCUCCGACUUGCGUCGUUCUUCUUCUUCAAUGGCGCUGAAAUUUCAUCAGCAGAUCAUAUCAGACCUUCUCGAAGACUCUAACGGCGGACUAGUAAUCCUCUCUUCCGGUCUCUCCCUCGCUAAGUUAAUCGCUUCCCUCCUCAUCCUUCACUCACCCUCCCAAGGAACCUUACUUCUCCUCCUCUCUCCCGCCUCUCAAUCCCUCAAAUCCAGAAUCCUCCACCAACUCUCCUCCCUCUCAUCUCCUCCCCCGGCGGAGAUCACCUCCGACCUCCCUGCGAACCAUCGCCACUCCCUCUACUCCUCCGGCAACCCUUUCUUCAUCACGCCGCGGAUCCUAAUCGUCGAUCUCCUCACCCAGCGCAUCCCGGUCUCCUCCCUCGCCGGAAUCUUCAUCCUCAACGCUCACUCCCUCUCCGAGACCUCCACCGAAGCCUUCAUCGUCCGGAUCGUCAAAACCCUAAAUGCCUCCGCCUACGUGCGCGCCUUCUCCGAUAGACCGCAGGCCAUGGUCUCCGGCUUCGCCAAGACGGAGCGCACCAUGCGCGCUCUCUUCCUCCGGAGGCUCCAUCUGUGGCCUAGGUUUCAGUUGGAUGUGUCUCAGGAGCUGGAGAGGGAGCCGCCUGAGGUUGUGGAUAUAAGAGUAUCGAUGUCGAGUUACAUGGUGGGGAUACAGAAGGCGAUUAUUGAAGUCAUGGACGCUUGUCUCAAGGAGAUGAGGAAGACGAAUAAGGUGGAUGUGGAUGAUUUGACUGUGGAGAGUGGUUUGUUUAAGUCCUUUGAUGAGAUUGUGAGGAGGCAGCUUGAUCCCAUUUGGCAUACUCUUGGGAAAAGAACUAAACAGCUUGUUUCUGAUUUGAAGACUUUGAGGAAGUUGCUUGAUUAUCUUGUUAGGUAUGAUGCUGUGAGUUUUCUGAAGUUUUUGGAUACGCUCAGGGUGGCGGAGAGCUAUCGAUCUGUUUGGUUAUUUGCAGAGUCCAGCUAUAAGAUAUUUGAUUUUGCGAAGAAACGAGUGUAUCGUCUCAUCAAGGCAAGUGAGGUUAAGUCGAAAGAACAUGUUAAGAAUACAAGUGGUAAAAAGAGAAAGUUUAAGGGUGAUAGUGCCUCUGUAGAAGCAGUUGGUGGUGCAAUGGCUACGAGUGGGGAUACUGGCGUUGUUAUUGAAGAAGUUCUGGAAGAGGCACCCAAAUGGAAAGUCUUACGUGAGAUUUUAUUAGAGACACAAGAAGAAAGAGAAAAACAGACUCUUUCUGAGGAAGACAACAGUGACAACUAUGGAAUGGUUCUUGUGGCUUGCAAAGAUGAACGUUCCUGCAUGCAGCUUGAAGAUUGCAUCACAAACAAUCCACAGAAAGUAAUGCGGGAAGAGUGGGAAAUGUACCUGCUGAGCAAAAUUGAGAUCCGCAAUGUGCAGACACCUCAAAAGAAGAAACAAAAGACUCCCAAGGGUUUCGGGAUUCUUGAUGGCGUAGUUCCUGUGACUACAAUACAGAGCUCGGAGGGUAGUAGUGUUUGCAGACAAGAGCACGAGGCUCUUAUGGCUGCUGCAUCCUCUAUUCGUAAGCUAGGGAAGACAACUGCUUCGGGAGAUAAUAAUAAUCCAGAGGCUCAAGUUGAUAAGGCUUCCAGUACCAAAGGAAAGGCUAAGAAGGAGUCAUCAAGUCUUCGGAGACCCAUAAGAAGUUGCAGUAAGAAAAAGAAGAACAGUGAACCUGAAAUAGUAACAGGCUCAGAAAAUGAAGAAAAGGUUAGUGAAGCGAGCACAUCAGGACCUCGAGAAGCCAGUGAUGCCCACCCUGACGGUGCUAAGAAGCUACCGCCUGUGCAUUUCUAUGCCUUAGAAAGCGAUCAGCCUAUACUAGAUGUCUUGAAACCGUCUGUGAUCAUUGUCUACCACCCUGACAUGAGUUUCGUCAGAGAAAUUGAGGUGUACAAAGCAGAGAACCCUCUGAAAAAUCUGAAAGUUUAUUUUCUUUUCUAUGAUGAGUCCACAGAAGUGCAGAAGUUCGAAGCAAGCAUCCACCGGGAAAAUGGAGCGUUUGAAUCAUUGAUUAGGCAGAAGUCUUCGAUGAUGAUUCCCGUUGAUCAGGAUGGGCUUUGCAUGGGGUCGAACUCAUCUACAGAUUAUCCAGCUUCAAGUACUCAAAACUCAUUAACCCGUAAAGCAGGUGGAAGAAAGGAAAUUGAAAAAGAAACACAGGUAAUAGUUGACAUGAGGGAGUUCAUGAGCAGCCUACCAAAUGUCCUUCACCAGAAAGGCAUGAAGAUAAUACCUGUUACACUAGAGGUCGGCGACUAUAUCCUAUCUCCUUCAAUAUGCGUGGAGAGAAAGAGCAUUCAAGAUCUUUUCCAGAGCUUCACAUCAGGUCGUUUAUUCCACCAAGUCGAAAUGAUGUCAAGGUAUUACAGAAUACCCGUUCUUCUCAUCGAGUUCUCUCAAGACAAAAGCUUCUCCUUUCAGUCUGCUAGUGAUAUAUCAGAUGAUGUGACACCAUAUAACAUCAUAUCAAAACUAUCAUUGCUGGUUCUGCAUUUUCCUCGGUUACGGAUACUGUGGUCUCGAAGUCUACAUGCGACUGCAGAGAUCUUCACCACCUUAAAAUCAAACCAAGACGAGCCUGAUGAAAGCCGAGCAAUAAGAGUUGGUGUGCCUUCCGAAGAGGGUAUCAUAGAAAAUGACAUCAGAGCCGAGAACUAUAACACAUCAGCAGUAGAGUUUCUGAGAAGGCUUCCUGGAGUUUCAGACGCUAACUACAGAUCGAUAAUGGAGAAAUGCAAGAGUUUGUCUGAGCUGGCGUCUUUGCCUGUGGAGGAAUUAGCAGAAAUCAUGGGUGGUCAGAAAGUUGCUAAGAGUCUCAGAGAGUUUCUUGACGCUAAGUAUCCGACUUUGCUUUAAAAGAAGAGGUAAACCUAAAACUAAAUUUAGAAGCUCCAUCACGCAAAGCUGCUUACUUAUUUCUUGUUCAUUUGUUGUAGACUAGAAUAAUAUCCAUUGAUUAUUUUUAUGGGUUUUGAAUUGAUUAUUGUUGUGUUGUAACAAUUACAUUAGUGAGCAUACUCUGAUUUUAAAGAUGAAAGUGUAGUGAAUAAGAUAAAUUUGCUUACAAUA